AUGCAGUCAGUCUCAAAGUUGCUCAGGACAUCGCGGGCGGUGCGGUUCCAGUCGACAUACACAAAGCCGCGGACGGGUGUGAACCCCGCCUACGACGAGGCCCUGAAGAGGCUGCGGCAAAAGGAGCUGAAGGACGCGCAGGCAAAGAGCGCCAGCUCUGCGGAGGUCAGCGCGCUGAAGAAGAAGUACUUUGAUCUGGCAGUGGAGGCCGAGAUCAACGACUCGGAGGUCCUGUGGAAUGCGCGGCACGGCAACUACGAUCUGUCGAAGCCUGUAUACGCGCACCUGAAGGAGCAGGCGUGGCGGGCGCGCCCGCUGGAGAUUCUGAUGCAGCGCCUGCUGCAGAUGUACGUGCUGCCGGAUCUGCUGGACCCGCGCGAGGUCGGCAUUCCGCCAGCGCAGCUCAACGUUGCCCUGGCAGAGACCCUGCUUGAGCCUGGAUCGGUGAUCGAGCCCAGCGAGGCGCGCAAGCAGCCGGAGAUCGAGUUGACGACCUUCCACGAGGACACGCGGCUGCACACCCUGGUGAUGGUGGACCUGGACGAGCCGCAUGUCGAGCAGCAGACGUUCCGCGAGCAGUUCCACUGGGUGGUCGCCAAUCUGCCGUUCUCGAUGAGCCAGACCAAGACGCAGAUCAGCGAGGGCAGCGAGCUGCUGGCGUACAUUCCGCCGCACCCCGCGCGCGGCUCGCCGACACACCGCUACGCGUUUGUUGCCUUUGAGCAGCCCGACGGUGGCAAGCAGCGGAUAGAGAACAUUGAGGUGUCGCGCGAUCUCGUGCUGCGCGAGUUCGCCAAGCAGCACCAUCUGCGCCCCGUCGGCCUGUCGUUCUUCCGCGCCAACUGGAACGAGUCCGUCGACGAGGUGUACCGCGAUGUGCUCAAGCUGGCCCCGCCCAGCUAUGGCCAGAUGCCUGCGCUGCGCACGAACUACUUCCCCAGCGACGACGAGUACGUCUCGGAGAGCGCCCUCAAGAACCUGCGCAACUACCAGUACCGGGCUUGGGCCGUGACCCUGUUUCCGCGGUGGAUGGCAGCAGCACAGGGCACCGACAUGAGUGCAAACAAAUACGAAUUCGCUGCGCCCAACCUCAUUACGCUCACUGGCCUGAGUUUUGAGAUCUUUGACGUCUUUCUGCUGCUGCUGCUUAUGCCCGAUCUCGCGGGACCCGGGCCCUGGUGGCUCUAUUUUGCCUUUGGUAUCGGCAUGUGGCUGUACUCGACCUUUGACAACGUCGACGGAAAGCAGGCGCGGCGGACAGGCACAUCGAGCCCGCUGGGCGAGCUGUUUGACCAUGGCUGCGACGCGCUUGAACUGCACGAUUGCGGGGAUCUGACCAUUAUUUUCCUGACCACAUCGACAUUCUUCCUCUCGACCUGGGAGGAGUACCACACGGGCGUGCUGUACCUGGGGUACAUUAACGGCCCGACCGAGGUCCUGACGUUCGCCGUGUUCGCGUGCUUUGCGUCGGGAAUCUGGGGCCCCUGGGAUCUGGCAUUCAUGGAUGCUGCACUGUUCGUUACUGUCCUGGCCGCUGUCUUUGGCCACUACGGCGUGUGCUGCUGGAACGUGUACAAGGCAUGCAAGGAGCAGAACCGCAGCUUCGCUGCCACCCUGCCCCAGCUCCUCCAGUACGUCGCCUACGCAACCAGCUGCUACGUCUGGCUGACCACCUCGGUCAGCAUCUUCCACAACAACCACCUGGUGCUGUUCCUCGUCACCUCGGGCAUCGUGUUUGGCCGCAUUGUGAGCAAGAUCAUUCUUGCGCACCUCACCGAGAUGCCGUUCCCGUCCUACACCGUUCAGAUGGUCCCGCUGGUCGUCGGCGCCGCACUCUCGUUCUUUGGUUUGUUCUCGGCCAGGACCGAGCUUUUGUUCCUGGUCAUUUCGUUCCUGUUCGUCACAGUCGCGUACUUCCACUGGGCCCUGGUCGUCAUUGAGCGUUUCUGCGAGUUCCUCGGCAUCAACUGCCUCACCAUUGCACCCCGUAAGAAUCGAAAGAAGGCAGAGUAA